AUAUAAAUUAGGGCUUUGGCGAUAUUUCAGACGAAGAAACAGUACUGGAGAAAGUCAUAGCCUCUCUAAGCUAGGGUUUGGAUAUUUGUCUUCUCUCGAUAACUUCGGUGAAUUGCUAAAGAUCGUAUCUCUACACCUUACGGCCUUACCGAUGGCUGAUUCAGAGGCAAAUGAAGCUGUCUUGGUUGAAGGAAAAGAAGUACUAGAGGAUGUUGAUGACGGUGUUUCUGCUUUAGUGCAAGAGGUUGACAAGAAAGUUGAUGAUCUGGAUUUGGAUGAAUCUGAAGAUGUAUCAGGAAGUACAACAAAGAAGAAGAAAAAGAAGAAUAAAAGUAGCCGGAAGAAGAAGGAACCGCUACAGCAAACUGAUCCACCAUCUAUAGCAAUUGUUGAUCUUUUCCCAUCUGGUGAUUUCCCCGAGGGUGAAAUUCAACAGUACAAAGAUGACAAUCUUUGGAGAACAACAUCCGAGGAGAAAAGGGAGUUGGAACGGUUAGAAAAACCAAUCUACAAUUCAAUUCGGCGAGCUGCUGAAGUUCAUCGUCAGGUUCGAAAGUACAUCAGAAGUAUUUUGAAGCCGGGGAUGCUAAUGAUUGACAUUUGUGAGACGUUGGAAGAUACAGUUCGCAAACUGAUAUCUGAGAAUGGUCUUCAGGCUGGGAUUGCAUUCCCAACCGGAUGUUCUUUGAACUGGGUUGCUGCACACUGGACUCCAAAUUCUGGAGAUAAAACUGUACUUCAGUACGACGAUGUGAUGAAAUUAGAUUUUGGAACUCAUAUUGAUGGACGCAUUGUCGAUUGUGCAUUUACAGUUGCAUUUAAUCCCAUGUUUGAUCCCCUGCUUGAAGCUUCCAGAGAAGCGACAAAUACUGGUAUUAAGGAGUCUGGAAUUGAUGUUCGUCUCUGUGAUGUUGGUGCUGCAAUCCAAGAAGUUAUGGAAUCUUAUGAAGUUGAGAUUAAUGGGAAAGUCUUCCAAGUUAAAAGUGUUAGAAACUUGAAUGGACACAGCAUUGGGCCAUAUCAGAUUCAUGCUGGGAAAUCUGUUCCAAUAGUGAAGGGAGGAGAACAGACCAAAAUGGAAGAGGGUGAAUUUUUUGCAAUCGAGACGUUUGGUUCAACAGGGAAAGGGCAUGUGAGAGAAGAUCUGGAAUGCAGCCAUUACAUGAAGAAUUUUGAUGCUGGGCAUAUUCCUCUGCGAUUGCCGAGAGCAAAGCAGUUGCUGGCUACAAUAAACAAGAAUUUCUCUACCUUGGCCUUCUGCAGACGUUAUUUGGAUCGAAUUGGGGAGACCAAAUAUCUCAUGGCACUGAAGAACUUGUGUGAUGCUAAUGUUAUUCAGCCUUAUCCUCCCCUUUGUGACAUAAAGGGCAGCUAUGUAUCUCAGUUUGAGCACACCAUUUUACUGCGGCCUACAUGCAAGGAGGUGAUAUCAAGAGGGGACGACGGCUUUUAAAACUGGAUGGAUGGCAAAUACACUGUAUUUGUAUAUGAACAUUCUGAUAUUCGUCGUAAACAGAAAACAAUCCAAUUUUUGCUUGUACUACCCUUUUCUGUCUGUUGUUUCCUACCCAGUUCAACAACUGCUUUGUCUUUUUUAUUAGUUUUGAAAAUAAUUAUGGGAUUCAUG